UGACCUCAUGAUACUUGCGGAGUCAAGGCUCUUUUUGCAGCAAGAAAACAACGUUGUCUCACGAGGUCACAGGCCGACAGCCGAACUAGCGACUGGCAGUUGUAAACAUCAGGUUGAAAACCAGCAACAAUUUAAAGAUGCAUAAAUUCAGAUUGCUUUGGGGUAUUCCCUGUGACAAUCAACUAUUCUGUUGAGAAGUGGAGACCGUCACUGGAACAACGAUCAGUGCAUUAAACCACGUGAAUAACUACAUUGUGACUGAAGACCGAGGACAAUUAAUCAGAUUUGAACAAUUAGUUUCAUUGAAGUUAAUAAGUAAACAAAGCUAACUUUAUAUCAAGAUGUCGGACACAAAUACAGAAAAAUAUGACAGUGAUGAUGAUUGGGACAUGCAGCUCUAUCCUAAAGAAAGCAACGACUCCAGCAAUGAUGCGUCAGAUGAGCGUGAGGAUACAGAGGAAAGUGAUAGUGAAGAACCUGCUAUGCCACCACCAAUGACACUGAGGCAAAGAAGACUAAGCAAAUCUGUUGCUCUGGCAUCACUUAACACUGCUCAAUCAAACUCAACUGCUAUGAAAUUAAAAAUGACCACUGCACAUGCACGAGCAAAGUUUAAUUGGGCUUUGGCUAUUAGAAAGGCAAAAUUAUUAAAUGAUCCAUGGAAAGCCUUUCAUAUUGAGGAUAUUGAUUCCGAAGUUUGUAUCAGACAUCGCUAUAACCCACAUAAAAAGACAUGGUUAACAGAUGAGGUUAAGGUCAAGAUUGAAUCCAAGUCAUUCAACAGAGGAGCAAUGAGAAAGUGUUACCGACUGAAGAAACUGUCUCAUUUCUUGAAGAACCCGGACUGGAAUCACAGUGGAAAUUAUGUGGCCAAACACUACAUACAGACAGUUGACAGAGAUGUGUAUUUCCAGGAUGUCAAACUUCAGAUGGAUGCCAAGGUUUGGGCAGAGGAGUACAACAGACACAGACCUCCAAAAAAGGUGGACAUAUUCCAGAUGUACAUCUUAGAAUUUAGGGACAGACCAGGUUCUCCCUUGUAUCACCUUGAGCACUUCAUUGAAGGUCAUUAUGUCAAGUACAACUCCAACUCUGGGUUUGUGGACGACUCCCUGCGUUACACUCCACAGGCCCUCAGUCACUUCACGUUUGAGCGAUCUGGUCACAUGCUGAUCGUUGUGGACAUACAGGGAGUCGGUGACCUUUACACUGACCCUCAGAUACACACUAUUGAGGGCAAUGAGUAUGGGGAUGGCAACCUUGGGGCUAAGGGCAUGGCCCUCUUCUUCCACUCACACAUCUGUAAUGACAUCUGCAGGAGUCUUGAUCUCACUGAGUUUGAUCUCUCACCCACGGAACUCGACUCUCACAAAGACAUUCUCCGCAAUCAGAGAAAGUCGAUGAUGAAAACAAGGUUAAGAGGGGACGAGGAACGCUGUAUUUCUCUCUCAUCUCCUGACACAAAGAUUGAUAUUACUCGUUUCUUGGAGCGCCAGCGAUCCAACUCGUCUGUGCUGAGUGACUCAGCGAUAGAUGAGGAAACUGAUGAGGGUAUGUCCAUUGACAGUCCAUCGCCGAGGGUGAGGGUCAGCCGCAUGAGGUUCAUCAGUGAAUCGGAGAGAUCAGACAAAUCAGACAGCCAAUCCUCCAUGACAGUAGAGGAGGAACGAGAGGCAUUCCAAAGAAUGGCACAGCAAAGAGCUCGGCCAUCUUGUGUUGCUAUGGAGAUUGACUUCAGGAAACUGAUGAAUGUAAGGGUCGGUGAUUCUACAUUAGGAAAGAUUCAUCAUGAGAUGGCUAAAUACCAUGAAAUAGGCAGAUUCGUGGUUGGGCAGGAGAGAAACGAGAAGGACAUUGAUUGGGAAUCAGCCAUAUUUCACGAGGAGCAUGCUGCGGAGCUGGGGGAAAUGGAGGCCAUGCUUACCCUGUCCAAACUCUAUCUGGACAUGGAGAGGGAAGUCCUGGUCAGCUGUGUUGUCAAGAAGAGUGAUGAGAACUUUAACAUAGGAGUUGACUACAUGGUGGAGGCCGCUGAGGCUGGGGACCGGGAAGCCAUGAUCUACAUGGCUAAAGCAUUCGAGACUGGCUAUGGCCUUGGCACAAAAAGGUCGAUAUCGUGGGAGGAUUCACUGUCCUGGUAUGAACGGGCUGUGGAGACCGACAACCAUGAUGAAGGAGGCGAGUACAGCUGUGCAAUGGAGGACCCUAUCCAUAUCCUCAUAGCCAAGAAGGCAGAACUGCUCCAUACAGGGGGCCAUGGGCUGGACAAGGAUCCAUCAACUGCAGGGGACUUAUACAAUGAGGCUGCAGAAGCAGCAAUGGCUGCAAUGAAGGGAAGACUGGCCAAUAAAUACUUCGCUCUGGCAGAGGAGGCCUAUGGGGAGGUCGAGGAGGAGGAGUGAGGAAGGUUGGUCUGGCUGGACAGGAAGAAGAGUGAGGGGCACUAGUCUGGCAGAGGAGGCCUACGGGGAGGUCGAGGAGGAGUGAGGAAGGUUGGUCUGGCUGGACAGGAAGAAGAGUGAGGGGCACUAGUCUGGCAGAGGAGGCCUAUGGGGAGGUCGAGGAGGAGGAGUGAGGAAGGUUGGUCUGGCUGAACAGGAAGAAGAGUGAGGGGCACUAGUCUGGCUGAGGAGGUGUACCGGAGGCCGAGGAAGGAACAGAUACAGAUGUUAAGCAUAACAAAUCAUGAAGAGUUCUGAUAGAAAAGUGAUUUCUAGUGUUUCGUCUAUCUGUAUAGUUAUGUAACUGUGUUUUGAAAUGUUUUAUGUGUAAGCUAUGGAUAACAUAGGAAGAACAGAAUGCACAAUGUAACAUUGUGGUUGUUAUACACAGUAGCAUGUGUAUUAUUAGAGACGCUGCUAUCACUAAAUCAGUGGAGUUAUUUGUGAAGGGUUACUUAAUGUAAGUCAAUUAGUUGUAUGAUAAAACAAUUUUCUACGAAAAGAUCUUUGGUGAAGGUUUUGGUAUGUUUAAUUGGUGGUGUUCCAUUCAUUGUGUACAAGGAUAGCAUUGAUAAAUCCUUUCAGUUAUUGGUUUUGUAUUGUUUUAACUGAGUUCUGAGACCGACAUGUUAAUAAAGAAUUUCAUUAGGAAAACUCUUUUAUUUAGAUGUCUUUAGCAUUAAGACUACAGUAUGAAAUAAUACACCAAUAUCAGUUAGGACUUGAUAUACUGAUCAGGUAGUCAGCAUAUUGAAUGUAUAAAACAGCUUGUUUAUCAGACAUGAGGUACAUAUUGUAUAGAACAGCUUGUUUAUCAGACAUGAGGUACAUAUUGUAUAGAACAGCUUGUUUAUCAGACAUGAGGUACAUAUUGUAUAGAACAGCUUGUUUAUCAGACAUGAGGUACAUAUUGUAUAGAACAGCUUGUUUAUCAGACAUGAGGUACAUAUUGUAUAGAACAGCUUGUUUAUCAGACAUGAGGUACAUAUUGUAUAGAACAGCUUGUUUAUCAGACAUGAGGUACAUAUUGUAUAGAACAGCUUGUUUAUCAGACAUGAGGUACAUAUUGUAUAGAACAGCUUGUUUAUCAGACAUGAGGUACAUAUUGUAUAGAACAGCUUGUUUAUCAGACAUGAGGUACAUAUUGUAUAGAACAGCUUGUUUAUCAGACAUGAGGUACAUAUUGUAUACUCUAUCCAAUCCUGUUGCCAGUUUCCCUACCACCAACCUAGAAACUGACAUAAAAACUUAAAUACGUGUGUUUAGCUAAAAUUUCAGUUCAAUAUUUUCCAAAAUGUUUUGAGACAUUUUUACAAAUUUUAUAUAAAACAUGUAUUGAUCUUCUGCACCAGUGAUAUAUUCUGUGAUAAAUCCCGGUUUUACAAUGAUAGCAAAGACAAUACUCUUGUCUUUAAUACCCGUAGUGAUCUACAAACAGACUAAUUUUCAAUGUUUUAGAAAAAGAUAUUAUAGCAAGUGAUAUUUUAUAAUGAGAUUAGUUAGUCUUCUGUGUAACCACUUUUGUAUUUGACAUUGUUUUGAAUGAAAUGUAACUGCCCUCUAAAAGUAAGUCAUGUCACCAUCUUUUAGACCUUUAUUUACAUCUGUUUGCGUGUAUCAUUCUUGAUUAUGUCCAGCAAUGAAUGAUUGACUCCAGUGUCUCAGAAUUCUCUUUUUGAAAUGUAUAUGGCUUCUAUUAUAUGAAUUUAACAAAAGAAAUAUUUCUUUGGAUGUCAUUGUAAAAACUAAAUAGAACUUAUUUUUUUGUGAAAAAAAUGUGUGAACAGACAUUUGUAAACGUUUUGGGGUUUGUUUGUUUGUUUGUGUUUUACGUCCUAUUAACAGCUGUGGUCAUUUAAGGACGUGCCAGGUUUUGGUG